UCAGUCUGCCUCUGACAGUCGUAGUGUGCGCACGCGGACCCUGUGCCGGUGCUCUCCGUGACCAAGUGACGAGUGACGACAGUGUGUGUGACAAGUGUGUGUGACAGUGUGUGUUAUGGUGUAGUGCGCCAUGGCGGUCCUUACGUGUUCCGAGUCGCUGCUGCACCAGCACCUCAAGGCGCCCCCGCAGCAGCCGCAGGGGCCGUCGGUCGGCGAGCUGCAGCUCCGUCAGCUGCAGCUCUGGCUCAACGAGAUGGUCGUGGCUAAUAAGGUGCCCGUCGUGGACCUGGUGGACACACCCGAACAAGAGACGGCGGCGGCCUCGGGCCCCGCGCCCGAACAGGCAGGGCCCUCGUCCGCGCCGCCCGCGGCCUCCGCGAGCAGGCCGACGACGCCCCCCAGCAGACCGCCGUCCCGCUGCACCUGCAGCCCCACUCCUGCGCCCGCCCCCGCCGACCACCCUACUGACUCUGGCCCGUGUUCUUGUGCCUCCGAACAGGGCUUCUUCCGCCGCUCCAUUCAACAGAAGAUCCAGUACCGGCCGUGCACCAAGAACCAACAGUGCUCCAUACUCAGGAUCAACCGCAACCGGUGCCAGUACUGCCGGCUCAAGAAGUGCAUCGCCGUCGGCAUGAGCAGAGAUGCCGUGAGAUUCGGGCGCGUCCCCAAGCGGGAGAAGGCGCGCAUCCUGGCCGCCAUGCAGCAGAGCUCCAACUCGCGCUCCGCCGAGAAGGCCGUCGCCGCCGAGCUGGAGGACGAGUCGGCCCUCUUCAGCACGGUGGUGCGCGCGCACCUCGACACGUGCGACUUCACCCGCGACAAGGUGGAGCCCAUGCUGGUGCGCGCCCGGGAGCAGCCCUCGUACACCGCCUGCCCGCCCACCCUGACGUGCCCGCUGAACCCCAACCCUGUGCCGCUGUCCGGCCAGCAGGAGCUGCUCCAGGACUUCAGCAAGCGGUUCUCGCCCGCCAUCCGCGGCGUGGUCGAGUUCGCCAAGAAGCUCCCCGGCUUCCUCCACCUGGCGCAGGACGACCAGGUCACGCUGCUCAAGGCGGGCGUGUUCGAGGUGCUGCUCGUGCGGCUGGCCUGCCUCUUCGACAGCCACACCAACUCCAUGGUCUGCCUCAACGGCCAGGUGCUCAAGCGGGAGAGCGUGCACAACUCCAGCAACGCGCGCUUCCUCAUGGACUCCAUGUUCGACUUCGCCGACCGGCUCAACGCUCUCCGGCUGUCGGACGCGGAGAUCGCCCUCUUCUGCUCCAUCGUGGUCGUGGCCCCGGACAGGCCCGGGCUGCGCAACACGGAGCUCGUCGAGAGGAUGCACUUGAAGCUCAAGCAGGCCCUGCAGGUGGUCGUCAGUCAAAACCACCCGGGCCAGAUGUCCAUCGUGCACGACCUGAUGAAGAAGGUGCCCGACCUUCGCACGCUCAACACCCUGCACUCGGAGAAGCUGCUCGCCUUCAAGAUGACCGAGCAGCAGCAGCAGCUCAACAGCCACAGCCAGCACAACGGCAGCAUGUGGGGCAUGAUGUGCGGCGAGGCUGACGACUCCAGCAAGUCCCCCGCCGGAUCGUCAUCCUGGUCCUCCGCCUCCGACGUCACCAUGGAUGAGGUCGUGAAGAGCCCCCUUGGGUCCGUCUCCAGCUCAGAGUCAGUCUGCUCUGGGGAGGUGGCGUCCCUCACGGACAGCCCCUACCCCGCUAGUCACCACGGCAGCCACCAUAGCCACCACAGCCACCACCACAGCAGUCACGCCUCGUCAGCGCCCCUGCUGGCCGCCACCCUCGCCGGCACCCUGGGCGCCUCCGGCUGCCCCAUGCGCCACCGCGCCAACUCCGGCUCCACCUCUGGGGACGACGACCCCCAGCACCACGCCAUGUCGCUGUCCGCGGCGCUCGCGUCCGGCCGGCCGCUGGUGCAGCCCCAUCACCGGUUCCCCCGGAAGUUGGACUCGCCCAGCGACUCGGGCAUCGAGUCUGGAACUGAGAAGCUAGACAAACUGGGCGCGCACUCCGCACCCACGUCUGUCUGCUCGUCGCCCAGGUCGUCGCUCGAGGACAAGGACGAGCACUCCCACCCCAGCCACGUUGAGGACAUGCCCGUCCUCAAGAGGGUGCUGCAGGCGCCGCCGCUGUGCGAUACCAACUCGCUCAUGGACGAGGCCUACAAGCCCCACAAGAAGUUCCGCGCGCUGCGGCACAAGGACUCGGCCGAGGCCGAGCCCAUGGUGGUGGCCUCGCCGUCGCCCGCGCCGGUUCACGUGGCGGCCCCCGCGCCGCCCAGCCACACCUCCUCCCUGUCCAGCACGCACUCGACGCUGGCCAGGAGCCUCAUGGAGGGGCCCCGCAUGACCGCGGAGCAGCUCAAGCGGACCGACAUCAUCCACAACUACAUCAUGGCGGGCCACGGCGACUACCCCCACCACUACAUUCCCCCGGCGACACAGCGGUGGCAGCCCUCCGCGUCGGCCACCUCCGGCGUCAUCACCUCGGCGGCCUCGGCCUCGGCCUCCACGUCGCCCUACCCCUACUCGACGCUCGCCCCCAACUCGACGAGCAGUCCGUCACCACCACCCUCCCAGCCCGGCUCCGAGCUGUCCAGGAUAUACCUGAGCAGGAGUCCCGCCUGCUCGCCGUCGUCCACCGGGCACGGCGCGCACGCCUCGCACCUCACCGCCGCCCUCGCCGGGCACUCCCCCAAGCUGGUCGAGCUGCAGGUCGGCAUCGCGGCAAACUCGCAGCCCCUCAACCUGUCCAAGAAGUCCCCCUCCCCCUCGCCGAGGCCGCUGUCAGCGCCGCAGCCCGCGCCCCAUAAAGUGGUGUCGUUAGAAGCCUAGACUCUUACUUUACCUUCAGGCGGGGCGGGGCGGCCUGAACGACUGCUAAGUGUGAAUAGUACAAAGCCAACCACAGUGGUACAAACAGUCCAUUCGCUCGGCGAGUGGAGGCGGCGCCUCGACCGGACCUUAGUGACGGGGCGCUGAUAUCACUGAUCACUCUUCGAAGGUGCCACUUUAAAACUGUAUUAAGAACCAAAUAAUUUAUUACUUCUUAAUUCUAUUGUGUGUUGUAAGUCUAUGUAUAGUGUUGCUGUGUUGUGAGCCGGAUUCUCGUCUGGUCUCGUAUAGCAUCAAUCCUAAAUAAUAUUCAUUAUAUGUGAUAUAUUUCAUUGUAGGAAGUGCAUUUUUUUUUAUUUGUGUAAAGUUUGUUGAGUCUAUUGUACAUCUUUUUUUUCGAAUUUGUAAAGAGAAUUCAUUUAAUGUUAAUUUUUCUUCUCCUUCUGUACAUGCAUAUAAGAAAGGUGUUAGAUUAAAACGAAAACCAACCUCAACGAAUGUCUGAGGAAAAUUGAGACUGAGGGAAGUCAACGGCACCCGGAAGUGAAAACAAAUGUCGUGGAUGCUGUAUCGUAUGUACUUGUAGUGUGUUAGGCGUCUGUAUCAAUGUCUAGUUCUUAGUCAAUCACCCCAAUCACUGCUCCAAUUAUUUAAUUUAUCUAUUCAAUUAUCUAAACUCCGAUGGCCGUGACUUCCUACGUAUCUUGAGCCACACUUGGGCAUGGCUCUUGUGUGGUUCUGUAAUUUGUUGUUGUUUUAUAUAAAAAAUACCUGCAAUAUUAGAUGCAAUGCAUAUUUAGUACGUUUGACACGGUCGGCGAUCCCAUCAUUAGUAGAGAGGCUAAAUAAUUUUGUUUCAUCUUUUCUAAGAAAAGUUACUGACAUACGAAAUUUACCCUCCCUUUCUUACCUUACCAUCGUAGUCUUAACCAUUUUUGUCAGGCAUUGUAAUGGAAUAAGCAAAUUUUUUUGUCGCAUUUAU